AUGGCAGAAACGCUUAAAGAGAGCAUCGCCGUCACGCCAAUAGCUGGAUUACCUGGGAGUUUCACCGCUCCUCCCUUCUUUGAGCGAGCCCGGGCUGGAAAUUCGCAGCCCAUAGCCUUUGGCGGACUUGCAUUGUCUCAAGCCGUCACUGCCGCCUUCCACACGCUGCCCCCACCCAGUAGCUCGUCCGGCCCCGACUUCCACCUCUUCUCGGUCCAGGGCUCGUACCUCGGUCCCGCAUCCACAGAUGUGCCCACCACCUUCACCGUCCAGGAGAUCCGUACCACAAGAAGUAUGGUCACUCGUCUGGUCACUGCCAGCCAGGUCAUCCCGCCUAAAGCCGGCUCCUCCUCGGCACCCGCAGCGCGCAAAGUCCUUAUUUGCCUGCUCGACUUUCACCGCCCCGAGCCGGCCUUCCUCACGUACUCCCGACCACCUCUUCAUCCUGGCUCUUACGCCUCCCCAUCCACCUCAAAGCCAAUAGAAGAGGUCCUCGACUCGCUGCCUUGGGACCCCAAGGUUUACCCGGUGUUCAAGAAGCAGUUUGAGCUUCCGCUCAGGAUGUUUGAAUACCGGCCGGUCAUCUCUUCGUCUGGCGCGCAGACCAGCUUGGGCUUUGUCAAGGUCAAGACGGCUCAGGAUAAUAUGGAGAUCACGAGGCGGACAGCUUGUAAUUGGAUAAGGGCGAGAGGGGAACUGUCGAGCUACGACGAGCGAUGUGCCGCGUUAGCCUGGAUCAUGGAUACUACCCUCUCUUUCCUCCCCCUCUCCCUCUCGAAGAUUCCCCUCACCAUCGCCCGCGCCGUCGCAUCACUUGACUUUUCCCUUCGCUUCUUUACCCCACCGCCCGCUGCGAUCGAGCAGGACUGGAUGCUGCACGAACAAUACACGCAGCACGCGGCUGAGGGGCGCACUUUCAGUGUAGGAAGGAUGUUUACCGAGGCUGGCGUGGAGAUUGCAAGGAUGAGCCAAGUCAGUAUCUUGCGGGGACCGGAGGGGCAAUCUGUGCAGAUGGAGGGAAAAGCCAGGCUGUAG